UAGCCUCGGCGUUUGGCUGGAGGGUGGAGACUGGGAGCAGAGGCAGGGACGGAAGGCGAGGACAGUGUGGAUGUCAGCUGGCGCGCUCCCGUCCUCAAAGUUCCUGAUUCGUCUCCACCAGACUUGGAUCCGGGAGGGGGGGAAGAAAGAAGAAGAAAAAAACGACUCGACUAACCAGCAGGGAAGGGAAAGCGGGCGCGGCUUGAAGCGCCGAGCGAGUUGCAGACCACGAGUCUGAGUGCGGCGGCGUGAGGAGACCAGAGACGAGCAAGAGUGGCCAUGGCGAGCAAUAACACGGCCAGCAUCGCACAAGCCAGGAAGCUGGUGGAGCAGCUGAAGAUGGAGGCCAACAUCGACAGGAUAAAGGUGUCAAAAGCGGCCGCGGACUUGAUGUCCUACUGCGAAGCUCACGCCAAAGAGGACCCGCUGCUCUCGCCGGUGCCGGCCUCAGAGAACCCCUUCAGGGAGAAGAAGUUCUUCUGCGCCAUCCUGUAAAGACCUGGGACUUGGGGGGGAGGGGGAAAAGGAUGUAAACAAAACAAAAAAAAAUAUAGAAAAGAUGUAGAAAUCUUCUAGGAGGAUGGGAGUAAACCAUGGAAGGGGUCGUGGUCGCUUGUUUUUGGGGGUUUUUUUCUGAGAGGUGUAGCAUGUUGUAGGUGACCUGGAUCCAGGAUGAAGACCACGGACUACUCUUCAGGCUGUGAUGUGUACAAAACUAGUUCUAAUGAAAAGUCUUAUUUUGUGGUUUUGUUGCGCUGUUUAAAUGUGUGUGUGUGUGUGUGUGUGUGUGUGUGUGUGUGUGUGUGUGUGUGUGUGUGUGUGUGUGUGUGUGUGUGUGUGUGUGUGUGUGUGUGUGUGUGUGUGUGUGCGCGCGCUCAACUCCGGACUAAACUAGACGUUACUUGGUUGCUGAAAUGAUUAUUUUGAUCCUUUGGAUGCUUUUCCUGACUUGGGUUUCUUUCCCUAACUCUUCUGUGUGCUUCGCCAUGGAUUUUUGUUGAAGUGGGUUCCAGCGCUGGGAAGUAACUCCGUGAACGGCCAUCUCUCUGACCAAUGUGAUCUCCUCCGUCUCUUCUGACACGCAGAGUCUCCUUUCUACUCUUUGUACAAAAAAAAAUAAUAAUACGCAAAGUAAACUGUGAUGUGCUGUAAAAGUC